AUCUUCAGUUACUUGAGGAGGCUUUACCUCCCUGGUAGCUGUAUAAUCCCUGCCAUGGCAGUGUCCUCACCGAAGGGACCAGCGCUUGACAUGGUGUUAACCUAGAUCUGGCACAGCAACAUACGGAAAGGGAAAGACCGCAAAAGACGGACUAGUUAUCGCAGCCAAGUGCAAGGCUUUUGCAUUAUUUAUUGUUUUCGCCGUGGUACAAGAGGACUAUUAAUGAUAGGUAUUUACUGACCGCUUACUUUGGGGCCCUCCAUACCCUGUAUCGAAACCAUCUCCCCGCUGGCCUUCCUCCUCUCGGGGUGGGGAGUCCAGGGCCCCAAGCACCCGGAACGCUAGCUACUGGAGAAUCAGAGACCCGCACCCUGAAGAAGCCGGGGGCAGGGAGGGGAGAGCGGCGGUAACGGACACUUCCGCCCGCACAAGGCCUUCCGGUGCGGAGGUCACCAUGGCGGCGUCCUUGGCUCGGCUCGGGCUCCGGUCUGUGAAGCAGGUUCGGGUUCAAUUCUGCCCCUUCGAGAAGAAUGUGGAGUCGACGAGGACCUUCCUCCAGGCGGUCAGCAGCGAGAAGGUCCGUUCCACCAAUCUCAACUGCUCGGUGAUUGUGGACGUGAGGCACGACGGCUCCGAGCCCUGCGUGGACGUGCUGUUCGGAGACGGGCAUCGCCUGAUUAUGCGCGGUACCCACCUCACCGCCCAGGAAAUGCUCACAGCCUUCGCCUCCCACAUCCAGACUAGGGCUGCGGCGGGGAGCGGGGACAAGCCAGGCGCUGGUACCGGGCGCUGACAGUGCAGAAGAGAUCAACAAGCAGAUUUUAGCUUGGGAUUGUUAGGACACUUACCUAAGAGUUUGAGAGACUUCGUCACUCGAAUCACCAUCUGGAGGGCCAUGGAGCGCCAAAAAGAAAAAAAAGAGCGAGCCCUGUGACUACUGAUCCAACCAACGUUUCUGAAACGAGACAUGAUUGGAGAGGGAUCUGCACAAACUUGAAUUUAUUUCGUUUUCUUACCAUCACUCCCUGCUUAACCCUUUUGAAUAUGGCUUUUCCCACCACUCACUCAAGGUACCUCUUGCUCUUAUUAGCCAAAUCCAGUGCUGUUUUUCUCGGUCCUCAUAGUUCCAUCUCAGUAACAUCUGCCACUUUUAAUUCACUCCCUUGUGGAAGUUCUCUUCCUCAUGGGGUUUUUUUUUUUUUUCUUUUAACCAUAAAAUUGUACUCUCAUCCUUCAUUUUCUUCUGUAUGUCUGAGCAUUUCAUCCUGUCAUAACUUGAACUCUGGGGUUAAAGCCUACAUUUCUGUUUGGCUCUAAUCUCAACGACUGUGCUGUGGUCAGGUUACCUACUACCGAUUUCCUCCAAGCCCCACCAAACUCUGUGUCCAAAAUAGAAUUGAUAAUCUUACAUAUACAUAUACUUGCCUCUCCCCCUGACUUCUCCAUUCCUUCAUCUGCUUCAUCUUCUCAGCCACCUGGGCUGGAAACCGCAGCAUUAUCUCUGCUUCUGCCCUCUCUCUUUCCCUGCAUAUCCAGUUAGUAAAUUCAAAAUAUUCUUUUUUAAACAAAAGCUUCUGAAAUGUUUUCUCCAUUCCCACUCACUUUCCUGUAUCAUUGUAUUCUCCCACCCAAUCUCCUUUUUUUCUGACCGUUUUUGCUGCUGCUUACUUUUUUCUUUCAAAGCACAUCACUGUUUUUAUGUCUCACUACUUGUUUCACACUGUGCCCAAUGCGUUUUUCAUACUAGGUUACCAACUCAUUAGUAUGGAUCAUGAAAUCGAUUUAGAGGGUUAAAUCAGCCUUUCAAAAACAAAGUAAAAUAGAAUAAAAAGUAUCAGAGUGCAUGGCAUGGAGAAUGGGAAGUACUCUUUUAAGAAAUUUAAGUUUUCAGCAUAAUCAUGAAUAUAUAUAUAAAAAAUGAAGUAUGUUUAUGUGUGCGUAUCUGCAGGUACUUGGUUGCAGAAUAGAAUUGUUUCUUAUCACGGGUUGUAGGAAAAGAUGGUUGAUGGCUACUGGUUUAGAGAACUUCAGAAUUCUUAGACAAUCAAGGAUCUCUAGACACUGGCUGCUGUGUACUUUGCCAAAUACAUUUUCCAUGACUUUGCUA